AUGGCUAGUAGAGGUAGAGGUAGAGGAGCUAGGAACACCGAGGAUCCUAUGGAGCGCAUAGCUCAAAUGCUGGAGGCCUUGGUGCAUAACCAAGGUGGAGAACCAGUGGAGUACAAAGGGUUAUCUACCUUCACUAGGCAUGAUCCUCCAAGAUUUGAGGGAGGGUUUAACCCUGAAGGAGCCCAGAGAUGGGUAGCUGAUGUAGGGAAGGUUUUCAACGCUAUGGGGUACCAUGAGGAGCACAAAGUCCCCUAUGCCACCUACUUGCUGUGUGGGGAGGCUAAAGAUUGGUGGAGGUUUGCUGGUCAAACCUUACCACAAGAAGAUGGCUAUAUACGGUGGGAAGUUUUCAGCACCAUCUUCUUGGGGAAUUACUUUCCCCGAGACUUGAAGAAGAAGAAAGCUAGGGAGUUCCUCGAACUGAGACAAGGGAGUAUGACUCAUGGAGAUGGAGAGGAAGACCUGUGUUCUCUGUUUGAGCAUGGGCUGAGGCCAGACAUUAGAGCUGCAGUCAGUGUAUUUCAGCUGACGGACUUACCCACCUUGGUGAGUAAGAGCAGAAUUUUUGAGGCCAACUCAGAAGGCAAGACCGUGGACACUAGAGGGAGUGGUCCAAGGAGGCAUGAUAGAAGACCCCCUAGAUUUUCGAAGGGACCAUAUUCAGGCUCAAGCAAGUCUCACUCUAGAGGAAGUUCAUCCCAAGAGAAGAGUAACAGUGGAGUGGUUCUGGUACUAGCUCUUUCAGAGGGCCGAUCAAAUGUUUUCGGUGUGAAGGGCCAUACAUGCUGA